GUACGUCUGUGCACCACCGUUUGUUUACGUAAACACAGACGCCGCCACCUCUGUGUUUACCAGACGCUAAAGUCCGAUCUCCCCGGUAAGCAGCAAAUGAUUCCAACUGGAUCGCCGAGUCCGGUAUAUCCUCCGUCAGCCAGGUUUCUGUGAAGGUGAGGACACAGCAUUCCCUGAUCUCACGUUGAGCUGUAAUCCUUGCUCGUAGUUCGUCCAUCUUGUUUUCAAGAGAGCGGACGUUGGCUAGCAGCAGGCUUGGUAGCGGUGGCCUAGUCGCUCUAGCUUUUAGCCUAGCAUGCAGGCCGGCUCGCUUGCCUCGUUUACGCCUCGGAUGCUUUGCUCGCCGGGUAUUCAGCUCACCGGGGCCGCAGGCUGCUGCGUUCUCCCGGCGCAGAAGAAAGGCAAAGUCUGAGAGGCUAAAUGAAAGUUCAUGGUGAACCCUGCCGAUGUUCAAAAGUGUCUCCCUGUUGUAAUGUACUGCGUGAGUGUGUUGAAUGUCCAAAAUGAACAAUAAAAUAGCAAAAAAUAGAAAAACACGGGAGAGUGUCACAGAGACGUCUGCCACGGAGGGCGCCAUCUUUGAUACCAUGAUUGAUAUUUUUUUAUUUUAAUCUUUUUUUUAAUCUUAUCGGGAUUGCCCAAAACCAACUAAAAGGAGAUCCUGUUAAGUCAAACUCCCAUGACAUCACACAAUUCUGAAUGUCACAGGAAAAAUAACAAAUGAUAUUUAUAAAUGACCAAUUUAGGGUGAAUAAGAUGCUUAUGUAGACGUUUGCUACUUUCAGCUUGCUUCUCUGCCUCAAUGCCGCUUUGCCUUUUUUUUAUUUUGGUAAACUUUAUGAUGACAAGUGUGGUGGUGUUAUUCCUGCCACAGCUUGGAACGCAUGCAUCAACGUAGUUGGCGUCCACAUCCACCCCCUUUUGAUUGCAGAAAGUUGGCCCCUUGUUGCUCUGCUGGAGCAAAGUCAUCUUGUUCUCCUCCUGUUACCAGCUGCCCUGGCAAAAAGGCCGGCGUGCAAUGUGGAGCCCAGUCAGAAUCGCACUGUUCGUGCAUGUGUUCUGUUCCAAAUCAUCCAUUCUGUACAUCAUUUGGCUUCUUUAAAGCAUCCUCUUUCUUUUCCAGCCCAUCAAUUUGCUUAGUAAGUGAUGCAUUAUCAUCCUUCGUUAUUACGACAGAUGCCUUUUUUGGGGAAAAAAAAAAAACACCCAAAAAAGGGGGUGCAUGCAGUAACCCUUGCAGUAUAUACUUUUUACAAAAGUGUUUAGCUUAUUUGUACACGGGAGGUCAAAUAGGUGCAGUCAGUCGGCUACACUUUUCAUCCAAAAUCAGAAUCCUCCAUUUAUUAUGCUGGAUUAUUUGGGGAUUAUUUUAUUAUUAUUAUUACCAAGGAAGGGCAUUUGGGAAUUUUGUUUUCUUAUUUACCAUUAUUUUUAAUAAGAUGGGAGAAAUAGUCUCUGAAUGUUUUGUUAAGGAUGUUAAAAUUGGCUGUCCAGUUAAUUAAGGUUUUAUUAUGGCCACAGUUUGACCCUGGAACAGAUCAUUUCUAUUCCCCCGUUUCCUAUGGGAAAAGGUCCAAUUAGGCACGACUAUUGACUUCCAACUGACUCACAGCUUGGGGGACCGUUGAUGCUGCUGCGCCAACAUGGAUGGCGUCGUAAGGCGCCUCCUCUGUGUAGCCCAGUCGUCCAUCUCCAACUGAAACACACACACACACACACACACACACACACACACAGGACUUCUUCAGCUGGUGUGUACUCUGGAAAUAUUCUCUUCAAUUGCCUUCCUUUACCUUUCCUCCAAAUACACAAAAACCCCACAAAACUGUGCCAAUUGUUACUGCUAUUCUAGAUGGCGCGAGCAAGCCCUCACCUGUUAGUGUAACUCUCCCCGACGUGAUCAAACUGGGGUCGUCUUUCUUCACGUUGUUUAUAGAAUCAUCAACUAGCUCUUUGAUGUGGUCGAUGCCAAUGACUUUCCCUUUAGGACCUACCUGCGUGUGACACCAUCGAGGAUGUUAUUCACGAUUCAUGCAAUGACGACGCGCCCGCAAAGAGAACAUGUGCGUCGCGUGGGGCUCACCAUUCGUGCAAAGCAAACAGAGAGGAUUCCACUGCCGGAGCCCACGUCCAGGGCUUUGGCGCCCUCGUACAGCUGGUCGUGUAGAAGCUCCAGGGCGUAGGCAUGCUGCGUUGAGAAGUAAACCUCCAUGAUCAGACGCAAGCCGGCUCAGCCAACUAAGAUCAAAAGGUCUAAACCUUUCAAUAUUCUCACGGCACACGACUAUGGUGCGUUCAAGGACCACCCGACAAAGUGUGACAUAGCAGCGCUUGACAAAAAAACAUUAUCAGUGAAACAUGAAGACACAAACAUGUAAAAAUGGUGUUAUACGUAUGCUGUACAUUUGAUCUACAUUAUCACAUAUGUAGAAAUGAUUACCGAUUUAUGGCGAAUGAGCGUUUUCUGGGAAAAAAAAAGCCUAUUUUCAGAGAAAGAAAAUCAAAAAAUGUAUUUUGGACAAAAACAAAUCCCUGAAUUUGUAUUAUUAUUAUUAUUAUUAUUAUUAUUAUUAUUAUUAUUAUUAGGGUGAGACAUUUAAUUACCUUAGGGAAAAUUAACAAUGUACUGAUUAUUUGUUUUGUUUUUUUAUUUCUUGGUGAAUCUCCUCCUGAAAGUUCUGAACUCCUGUUUCAAUACCAGUGCUAUUUUGAUCAAAAUAAUGCUGUCCAGGGAAGUUAUGAUGUCAUCAGCUGUCUCAGAAGGUUCUAAGCUCCUGUUUCCGCCCACGGUGGCAACAUUAACAUAUUCCAUUUAGAGAGCAAACUAGUUGAGCGUGAAUCGACAGCGCCCCUGCUGGUUGCAGCCAAGCGGUGCACUACCUUUAGCCUAAGAUUCCCUCACAUGCUCGCGUGAAUUCAGGCUGACGUGUGUGAGGUCAUACCAUGUGUGGGGCGCUGAUGGUUGCUUGGUAUCCUUUAGGUUGAAAGACAAGCAUGGAUUUGGUUAGUUGUCGUCUCACUGAUAUGAAUUUCAGACAUACAAGUCACAUGAGCAGGCUUACCUAUGGACUGUGGUGAGUCCAUGUAAGGGUUACACCUAGAGAAAUGGGACCGGUCCGUGGCCAGCAUCACUUCGUACACCUUGUCGGACUUAAUGAUGCCAUUUUCUGUGGAUGCAAUAUAGCACAGAGCAGAAAGCACGAUGACAUCAUCUUGCAGCAGACAAGAAGGGUUGGUCGAUAGCAAUGAACAAACACCCUGGAAUGAUGUACUAUGAGGAAAGAGAUACAUACGACUGUACUACACUAUAUGAUGAUAAACUACUACUAUACAUAUUACCAUACCUUCAUUGUACCAUACUAUGAUCAAAAUACUGUCUACUACUAUAGAUGCAUACUACUAUAUUCUACUGUACUAUAUGAUCAGAACAUGUACUAUACAUACAUACUAUGACUAUACUGCAUAUUACGCUGUACUGUGUGAUGAAAAAACUUUCUACUAUACAUGCUAUAUUUUAUACUACUAUAUUUACUAUGCUAUAUGAUCAAAAAACUAGACAUAUUACUACUCUAGGUUCUACUAUACUACAUGAUGAACAUGAAUGAAUUUUUAUUUCUACAAUGUGCCGCAGGCCAGUAAAAAACAAGCUGCGUGCCACAAAUGGCCCCCGGGUUGUAGUUUGGACGCUCCUGAGCUAUACUGUAUGAUAAAAAAAAAUAAUUCUACAAUACGUACUACUACUAUAUAGUCUACUUUAUGAUCUGUUUAAAAACAUUCUACUAUAGAGUAAAUACUACUAGUAUAUAUUCUGUUGUACUGUAUACAGUAUAUUAUACUUCACUAUAUGAUCAAAAACAGCACUACUACAUGCUGUAUGAUAGUAUACCAUAUGACAUAAAAACAUCUUGCUAUACAUACUAGUACUAUGAUUUAAAAAAAAAAAAAAUUCUACUAUAUACUAAAUUUGUAUACAGUGUUCCCUCGCUCCUGGCCCUUUAAGAAGAACUGCAUUGUGGGAUGCUGAGUGACAUAGUUCGGUGCUUUAGCACCAGGCGGCGGCGGCGCUAUUCUCUCUCUUCUGUCUGCACCGCCCAUUGUCUUCUACGUCCUGAUUGGCAGUGACCAUUGUCUCCUUUGUGCCGUCUCUUGUUGUACUCAUGGCUAGCAAACUAGCUAACCGUGUGAGCUGCUCGCUAACUGCCAAUACUGUGAACAACAGAAGACACAGAAGAAGCUAACCGGGUGUGACUCUGAACGCUGUAUGGUUGCGAGUUUUCUCCCCGACAAAACCCACAAUGUCGACAGAACGUUCUGCACCCAAAAAGGCAGAGGAAGCCGGACGUCACACAACAAGAUGGAGUUAACAAUUUCUUGUGUCCUUAAAAUUCAAACGAAAUUUGAACUUUGAGCGUGUUCAAACAAGAGACAGAUGUGAGAAAAUGUUAAUGCCUGUCUGAGAAAAGUGUAUAAAGUGUAUGGUGAGGGGUUUUACAGCCUUAAAACAUACAACGAAAAAAAAAGUUGGCUACUUAAUUCAUUUCAGUUAUUGUGGGCUAUUUUGGGAAACGAUAAAUGAGGGAACACUGUAUUGCUACUAUAUACUUUACACUCGGGUGACGUGUUAAGCAGUGACGCAAAUCACCUUUGCGUUACACCUUCGUCAUUAAAAUUAAGACUACGUUUUCAGUGUGGUUAGCUUAUUUUUACGCUUCCAUGACAGUUAAUAAAGUUCACAUGUCACUUAAACAGUGCCGGUACCGGUGUAUCAGAGGGAGUUUAUCCAUGAGAUGAUUGCGACAUUAAGUAAGACGGAUUAAUAACAGCUGAACAAUCAACUGUUAAUUAAGUGCUUCGUUGUGGGCCUGACAGUUGUGCAUGGGCGGCAAGGGACAACACUGCUUUUCUGCACAGACUAAAGCUUCCCACAUGUCCACUAUGUUGCUUUUGGGACUGUCGGACUGAAAAGGCCUGACUGCGCAUGCAAACUGAAAAGGAAAAGAGAAAGAGAAAACUAAAUACUGUAAAAAGUGUGAGGGUUGUCUGGAGCAUAAUCUCAAGUAACAGGUUGCAGGCAGUUGGUGCCAAACGUUAAGAAAAGCCAACGACAGCCGGGGGUGCUCUCCUUACCGCUACACACACACACACACACACACACACACACACACACACACACAUUCUGGCAUACACUUUAUGAUACUAUAGAUAAACAAGUAUGCAUGCAACCUGGUGCAUAAAUUCUUACUUGCAAAUGGAAAUGCUUUGGGAGGUGUUUGGUGUUCAUGGAAAUUCAAGGCUACAGUCAUCAAUGAAAGCACAAGCAAUACGUUCAUGCUAGUCAAAGAUCCACAGGGGUGCUGUGCUAUUUAUAAAGGAGCCACUGCAGAGAAUGAUCUUUUUGGACAAAAGCACUCUGCCGACUGCAAAACGCUAGUCUAAAAUCCUCUAUAUGACAUGAGCGCUAUUCUGUUUGUAAGCUCAGAUACGACAGGAUUGAUGUGCUGUUUUUAAAUGAAACAAGUGCAGCAAAAGCGAUAGUUAAAGAACCUCUAUAUGACAGGAGUGCUCUGCUGUAUGGCAAAAAACAUGAGUCAAAAGAGUCUCGAAAUGACAGGACCAAUCUGCUGCAAAAAUGCUGGUCCUCUAUGCGACAGGCGUGCUCUGCUGCAAAAAGGUCAGCCGCUCCCAAGUUUUGCGUCACAUUUGGCCCGCGUGCCGCCAGUUGAACAACAAUGAGGUGCACUGUCAUAGUAACAGUUUGACUGAAUGCCACUUUUUUCAUGCUUCUCAGUAUUAUCUAGCAUGCUGCUAUGUUGGGCCACUUCCAGCUGCCAUUGUCAUUCAUGCGCACCUGAAUGCUACAUGGAUAGCAUCAAUAAAUGUGAGCUGAGUGCCUGUCUGACUGCUAUGCUAUGCUAUGCUAGGCUGUGCUGUGGCUAUAUCCAACGUCCCAAAUGACGCACAUAAAGCUAGCAAGCUAAGCUAACCAAAUGGCCGAAGCUUGCUGGUUUAAGAAGGUUUUAGCGACCUUGAAACAACAUUGUGGGUUUUUUCUGUCAUCUACUCCGGAGGCGGGCAUGGGAAAGGGGUGGUAACGACAACAUGUCACUUAGCUUAGCACAGAAGCUAGCUCUCACUGGUGAGCUCAGCGUACAACCAGUAGUCGGCAUGUUUGCUGUCGCUUCAUGCUGCUCUGCUAAAGCAUGCGGACUUACUGCGGAGGUUGUUGACGAGCUCUGCGUGGCUAGCUCCUCCGGAUUUCCACGCCAUUAUCAGGCAGACUUUGCGGACUAAGUAGACAGCAGCCGUCAGUGCCGCGCCUGCGCCAAAUGUUUUGCCUAUGAAGCGGGCAACCUCCGAAGCGGAUACGUCACUAGACAUCCACGAUGGAUCUGCAAUCUGGCUGCUUUCCUUAUAGACGCAGUCUGCUGCUGGGUCGUGUCAUUUAACGAGAAAUGCAACUGUUCAAAAUAUGCAUCUUCCAAGGUUAUUUGCACAUCGCUCACUCAUUGGAUUAGCAGAUUUACGGAUGUGGUUGCAACUACCUCCGUUAGGGGGUGUGCUAUUAUUUGGUAAUGGCGGCCACGUAAAUUAAAGUUUGACCCAACGAGCUUCCCGUCCGUUACUGACGUCACGUUGUGGUGUGAGGGAGCGGGCGCGUAUUUGACGUUUAAUGCUAAGCUAGCUGAAAUAAACGUGUAUCUAACGAAAAUAAAUCCCGCUUUGAUGGAGGGCAUAAAUGCGAAAUACGUGUCUCAGAAAAUCAGCAAAACGAGAUGGAGGCCAGUUUCGCAUUCGUCUCUGCAGCAGCCUGAGGUCUUUGCCACUGGAGCUUGGGAUAACGAGGACAACACUGUUUCUCUUUGGUCGAUUGGCAAUAAUGGGCAUUCUGGUCUGGAAGAUGGAUUUGAUGGAGAUCCAGAGCUUUUGUGUGAACACAAACACGAAGGAGAUGUUCUGGAUCUUCAAUUUCUGGACCAAGGCAGAGUUGUCACAGCAUCAUCAUCUGGAGGAGUUACCAUUUUCCGCUACAACCAAAACCACCAGGCUCUUUCGGUUGCACACCAAUGGUCAAGAGCACAUCAUUACCCCUGUGACAGGGCUCCCUGUACUGGUGUCGUGUGCAGCAGUCCUGAGAUUGUUACAGUUGGUGAAGACGGCAGGAUUAUUGUCUACAGAGCGGACCAGGAAGGAGUCAUUCGAGUCAUAGAGAAUGCUGAUAGCAGCACAAUUCAUGCCGUGACUUACCUGCGAACAACAGAGAUCCUGACAGUGAACUCCAUAGGCCAACUCAAGAUGUGGGAUUUUAGACAGCAGAGCAGCUCCCCCGCGAAUAUUCUGUCCUUGUCAGGCGAUAGAGUCCCAUUGCACUGUGUGGACAGACAUCCGAACCAGCAGCACAUUGUGGCCACAGGAGGUCAAGAUGGGAUGCUGUGUGUUUGGGACGUGAGACAAGGCAACACACCGUUCUCACUCAUGGAGGCGCACUCUGCCGAAAUGUGGGAAGUGCACUUCCACCCAACCAAUCCAGAUCAUCUGUUCACAUGCUCAGAGGAUGGAUCGCUGCUGCACUGGGAGACAUCCUCGCCUUCAGACAUGCCUUCCUUCUUGCAAGGUGGUAGAAACGUCAGCAUGAUAUCCCGCAGUGCGAUGGCUCCGGCUGGAGGGAACCAGUCCCUCAUUAAUGCCUGGCUGAGCGGGGACUCCAGUAAAGGCCGUUUGGAGACUACUCACAUGCUACCGAGCCAAACGCUGUCUGUCAACAGCGUGGAUGUACUCGGACAGUGUCUAGUGUGCGGGACUGAUGGAGAGGCUGUGUUUGUUAACAGACAGGUCCCAGUUUAACUUUAUUUGGCUUUCAAAUGUUAUCACACCAGAGUGCAUAUUGUGCAUGAGUGAACCAUUCCUAGUGAAAUGUUUUGCCUUGUUUCGUAUAAAUGUAAAUUGAAUUAUUUUGGAAAUACAUGAAUACAAACUAG